UUGACCACGCCCAGGUUGGUAGGCGACAAAGGACGCAGAAUCUUGGUUCUUGUUAGGAAGAGCUAGACCUGUUCGGAUGGAAAUCCCUUGAGGUCGGUUCUUAGAUCUAAGGCAGACAUGGGGACUUUUGAUAACUCAUACCAGGACUGUUACGGCGACAGUAAGGAACAGUGGUAUGAGCUGGGGCCCACGGACUUGAUGGAGCGCAAAGGCUCCCUGACUCUCCGCUCCGGUCACAAGAAAUACUCGAAGCCGGUGUUGGUGUAUUCCUGGCAUCGUGACAGAGAGACUUUUCCCAAAGAUUAUGACAUAGAAGGUCCUGAGAAAAAACUGUGUAAUUCAACAUAUUGGCGAUUUGGAACCGAAUCUUCAAGUUGGAUAUCAGAGACACAUGAACAGAUGUCACAAGUUAUUUUAAAUAGAGAUUUGGCUAAAAUAAAGAAAAAGGCCUUAUUAACUGCAGAAACAACAUGCCCUGGGAUUUUUGAAAGGGACACUGUGCUGCCUGUCACAGGCUUUAGGGAUAUUUUUACUGGAUGCCCACCAGAUCAGAGAGAAACGUGUGCUUUGACAACAUAUUCUGAAGAUUAUGCUCCACAGAAGGAAUAUCUACCACCACGUGUUUAUCCCCAUCCAGAGGAGUACUCCAUAGUCCACAGGAAGUGUCGUUCUCAGUUCACAGAUCUAGAUGGCUCCAAAAGAUUUGGCAUCAACACCUGGCAGGACGAGAGUGGGAUUUAUGCUAAUUCAGAUUCCAAACAAAAGCUCUACUCACUGGCUGGGAAUCCUAUCGUCCCCCUCUAGAUAAUGCAUGAAAUCAGAUUCUUUGGCUCAUGAAAAAUUAACCAGUGUAACAGUUAAUAUUUCCUGUCUUAAUAAAAGAAGAGGAAGUCAGUUCCUUUCAACACAAAAAUCUCACAAUCUAAGUAAAUGUUUAUAUUCUUAUUUUUAUAAGCUACUCUAAUAUUUUCCCCAGUUUAGCAUAUGUACCAUUAAGGUAGGCCAUGGAAUUCUAGAAGGAUUUAUGGCUGCUUUCUUUUGUUUUAUGAAUUAUGCAUUUCUUUUAUUGUUACAAAAAAAAUGGUAAAAGGUAGUCCAGUCCAGCUGAUGAUUGCUUCACAAGUAG